AUGAGCUCUCCAGGAAUGACUCGCAAGCGACCUGCCCCAGGAACGGUUCCAGCGUCACGCCCGCAGAUGGGUGGCGCCGCCCCAAAUUACGCCAACCCGGGUUCUCAGCUCUCCAACGACCAGUUCUUGCAAUGGGGCCAAAAUCCUGCCGCGAAUGCGAAUGCGAUCAAUACAGCCGCUCUCAAUGAGGCGGCAUCGACCUACAACCAACAGACAUACCAAGCAAACCAAGACAUCUCUGCGGCCGCAUCGAAUCAGCUCGCUCGCCGUCAGCAGACAAGCCAGCAGUUGGUCAGUCGAAACCGCGGAUAUGAACAAGCCCCGACGGUCUACCCGGAUCACAACGCGACGGUUGGCCCACCGGGUGAAUCAGGCGCCUGGGGAGAAUCAUUGGAGGAGCUUUAUGAACGUGCCCAGGUUGCGAAGAGAGAAUCACAGGCCAAGAGGAAACAAAUUCCACCAUUUGUGCAGAAGCUCAGCAGCUUUCUGGACGAGUCAAAAAAUACAGAGUUAAUUCGAUGGUCGGAUGAUGGAAACUCUUUCAUUGUAUUGGACGAAGACGAGUUCGCGAGGACCUUGAUUCCGGAGCUCUUUAAGCAUAACAAUUAUGCGUCGUUCGUUCGACAGCUUAAUAUGUACGGUUUUCACAAGAAAGUUGGGCUGUCGGACAACUCAAUGCGAGCAAGCGAGCGGAAGAACAAAAGCCCCAGCGAAUACGCCAAUCCUUACUUCAAACGCGGCCAUCCGGAUCUGCUCUGGCUGAUCUCUAAACCGAGGAAUGCACCUGGCCAUGCGAGCAAACCAAGCAAAGGCGGCGCGCGUGUGAAGACCGAGGAUGCCGACGAGAACGACAUGGACGAUUUCGUCGACGAGGAGCGCCUAUAUCUCGCGACGAACGUGGGCGACCCAACCAACUUUCCCUUCGCACGGAUAGUUCUAUGCCCCAAGACCAAUUAUCUGGAUCGGCUUCGGAAGGAGCAUGAGCAGCUGUACUCCCAAGCGGCCAACUUCCAAGAGCAACAUACUCGCCACGAAAACUCGAUUAACGCGAUCCUCACCUUCCUCGCGACAGUUUAUAACCGCAGUCUGCAAGGAGGGGAUGGAACCCAGAACAUUGCUAACUCAUUUGCUGGUGCUAUCUCCGGGGACCAAGGGAACAUUGUGCAUGUGGAUGACUUCUCCUUCAAUCCUUUGGCCUCUAUGGCCAGCCCGACCGGUCAACGGGCAAUGAAAAAGCAACCCCUGCUUCUCAAAGCCCCUCCUACCAUAGACGACCAAAACCGGGCGACUACACUGUCACCUGCAGCUGCAGGUCAGUAUGAAACCCGGUCCCGGGGCCAUGCUCGCCAACCUAGUGCUAGCCAUCAUGGCCACGUGGAAGAAGUUCUCGACAAUAGCCCGCGGCAAGACAGAGCUAGUAUCCCUUCGCAGAAUCUGGGGGACGAUAAUGAUACCCAGAGGGACAUCAUGUCCGUGAUUCAAAACUCCAACGCGCGAAAUGGGAUUCCAACAAACUUCUCAGAGUUCCCCAAUGUUCUAUCUUCUCUCGAAACCUCAGGCGGUAACAUCCCCCUUACGCAGAACCAGCGUGAAGAUAUGUUGCGCCUGAUGGGCAAUGAGAUUAACACUGCGAACCCGACUGGCUCCAACUCACACAACGCUCUCACAACGCCGAACCCGCCCCCGAUGCCACCAAACUACUCUGGUCGCCUCGCCAGUACGCGGCAAGAGAUCGACAACCUCGUGAAGAUGCAAGCGGAGCAAGACCGUUCCGUCCAAAACCUCACCAACCUGCUCCAGCCAUUAAGUCCAAAUGGCACCAUCCCUGGUCUAAGCGAAGGAGAUGGCAGUGUACCACCUCCACCGCUUGACCUCGACCAAAUAUUCAACAAUGACUAUUUCACCGACAUUGGCGACGGAGAUCACGACAAGAGUCUCAACCUGGGAGACCACAAUGCUCAUGAAUCAGGAAUCGGCGCAAACACACAUGAUCAUCUGGGCAAUGUUCAGCCCGAUGAUGGUGAUACCAAUGAUCUAUUCGAUUUCGAUCACCUUCCUAGUGAAGGGGAUCUCUUCGAUGGAACUGACCAAGGGCAGUCGGGCUACAACUACGGCUUUGAUGGUAGCCAUGAGUAUGGUGGUGAUACUGUGGCCGAUCACAAACUGGACACGGGUCGUGUUGUUGAACAGUUGACAGACAGUGAAGCUACAAGUCCUGCGGCGGCGGAUGAGCAGGCAGGCGAUGCUGUGAAUGAUGGAGGCAGUGCCAAACGACGCAGGAGGGCAUAG